AAGGAGCCGAGUCCUCCGCCGCAGGCUGGCUGCCUGGCUUGCCCAGAGCCACCUUAAAUGGCAUUGGCCGCCUUCUGGUCGGUGUCCAAUGGGGACCUCCUGACUCCCCUGGAAAGAGGCAAGCAGUGGGGUGCAGAUGUGGGAGCGGAAGAUCCCAUCUUUGGCCAAACAGAGACUCCUCUUGGCUCAGGACCCGUCCAUUUCUUUGGAGUUUUUCCUCCCAUUUCACCUGCUUUUUCCUUUUCUGAUAUUCCAAGAUGUUGCUAGUUCUCACCCUCUGGCAAGCUCUUUCCCAAGCCCUGGCUGCAAGUGGGGGACGGAAGUGGCCCCACAUCUGGAGCUGUCAGCCAAGAGUCUCUUCCUCUGCCCUUCUCCUGCAGGUUCCCACUGGACAUAUGAAGGCUCUGACGGGCAGACGCACUGGCCAGAGAGAUAUCCAGACUGUGGUUGGCAGGCUCAAUCGCCCCUCGAUAUCCAGACAGAUUUGGUCCAAUAUGAUUCUUCUCUGCCUCCCAUUGAGCCAGAGGGAUACCGCGACCCUGGGAGUGGCUCCUUGACCCUGACCAAUAACGGGCACACAGUGCAGCUCUCCCUCCCCGAGAACCUGCGCCUGCAUGGCCUGCCCAGCCUCUACUCAGCAGUGCAGCUACACUUCCACUGGGGCAGCAGCGACAGCCGGGCCGGGGGCUCCGAACACCGUGUGGAUGGUCAGGCCUUCCCAGCAGAGCUUCAUGUGGUCCACUUCAAUUCAGAGAAGUACACCAACCUGAGCGUGGCCAAACACCAACCGGAUGGGCUGGCGGUGCUGGGCAUUUUCCUGGAGGUUGACAGUGUGGAGAAUCCUGCCUACAACCACAUCUUGGACCGUCUGGACAGCAUCCUUUAUGCAGAGCAAGAAGUCACCGUUGCUCCGUUCAAUGUGCGAGAGCUGCUCCCGGCGCAUCUGGGCCACUACUACCGCUACAAUGGUUCACUGACAACCCCGCCUUGCUAUCAGAGUGUGCUGUGGACGGUUUUCCACCAGUCAGCUCGCAUCUCUGCCACUCAGCUGGAGAAGCUGCAGAAAUCUCUUUAUUCUACAAAAGAUGGGAAGACCCCCUCCGAAUUGCUGAUCAGCAACUUCCGGGUGCCCCAGCCCUUGAACCAACGCCUGGUCUUCACCUCCUUCCCUGUCGGGCCAUCGGAAUACUCUGCAGGUGAGGUCAUUGCCAUAAUUGUUGCAGUGCUCUUGGGCUGCCUGGGUGUCUUCCUUGCUGGUUGGAUUUUGGCAAAGAGAAGCCGGUGAGGAGCAGGUGAAUGUGGGAUGCCAGCCCGGUUCCUGUCUAACUGCAUUGCAGUGCCAGAAUAAGGGAGGUUCCCACCUGUUUUGUUCUGGAGGGGCAAGUGAUUGAAGUGAUCCUUUCCAUCACCCCACUCCUCGCCAAGUGGAGUACCAUGAAUGUGAAAACCGUGAGAGAAUUUCACUGGAAAGAGAACACAAUAGAUAUUUAUUAAACUUCCUCCUGCCCCUAU